AUGGCCUUUUAUUUAUUGUUAUAAUAGAGCGGGUAUUUUGCAAUCUUGGUAUCUCUUCUCGUCUAUUUUUCUGGUGCUGGUGGUUGCCCUCACCAUAAUUUUUCCAUAUAGCAACCCAGUCUCUCUCCUCUCUCUCUCUCAUUGUCCAUUUUUCCAAACCCAUCUCUAUCUACUCCCACUGCACACAUUUUUUUUCUCCAUUAGGGAACUGGGUUUCUCUCUUUCUUUCCCCCAGUGGUAUUGUGCUAUAGCUUUCUCCAGAAAAGUAAAAGAGUCAGAAAAAGGGUAUCUUUUUCUGUAUGCCAAGUUGGCGAAUGAGCUGUUCUGUUUUUUCUGCACAUUUUCUCUGCCUCCGUUUGGCUAUAUCUGCAUGAGUUUCUUCGGUUCAUUGGUUUGAUCCCAGAAGAAUUAUAUCGUUUGACGCGCUGUGGUUUUGACUCAAGAUCACAACUUUGGGACACCCUUUUGAGGUUUGAACGAGCAGUAAUUGGAAUUGAUUGGUUUUCUUUCUUUGUUUUCUUUGAAUUUUCGUAUACGAUGUUGUUGGGAUAUCAAGUUGGGUUUUUUUGGUGAAAAAAGUGUCAUAGAUCUGCUCUCUUUAUCCAUAUUCGCCUUAUACUUUUUAUAAUAUUUUCAUGAUUAAAUAUAAACAAAUAAAGGCAAGAGCUUGAACAACAAAGAAAAAGAAAGUUGCUUUUCUUUACAAUCCAAGGAAAGCUGAAAGGGGCUGGUAUUGAAUUCUGGAUUGGUUCCUAGUGGGGGAGGGAUCAUAUUUUUGUAAUUUUAGCAUAAUUUAAGUGGUUGUAAGGCGAAUUCGUCGGUUAUUCUGACAAGUGACACUUGAAUGCAAAAGGGUAUCUGGAUUUGGACAAUUUUCUUCGGUUACUGAUCGUAAUUCUACAGGUUGAAGACCAAAGAGCUUUUUAAUUUGAUUCUCAGCCUUUGAGCUCAAAAGGGUUCUCUCUAUAGUUGUGAUUGAAGAGUCAAAAGCUGCAAUUUUGUAAGAGUUUUACCUCUUAGAAAAGAGAAAAAGGAGAGGUUUUUUUAAGGUUCAUCACCAAGCUUUUCUGACGGAUCCUUCAAUUGAAAAUAGGGGUUGUGGUUGUUUGGCUGGUCUGGAGUGCAUAUUUAAUAUAAUCAGGGCCCUGAGAAUGGGGUCCUGCUUAUCUGCAGAAAGCAGGGGCCCUCAUGGCAGUUCGCCGUUGUCUCCCUCACUGGGGGUCAGGAAAAGGAAGAACUCCAGAAAGAAACCUGGGUCUCGAAACUCAUCUUUUGACUAUAGGAGGGAAGAGCCACUGCACAGGAUUCCUGGGAGGAUGUUCUUAAAUGGGUCAAGUGAAGUUGCUUCACUUUUUACUCAACAGGGCAAGAAAGGGACCAAUCAGGAUGCCAUGCUUGUUUGGGAGAACUUUGGUUCCAGAACAGACACAGUUUUCUGUGGUGUUUUCGAUGGUCACGGUCCUUUUGGUCAUAUGGUUGCGAAAAGAGUGAGGGAUUCUCUUCCUCUGAAAUUGAGUGCACACUGGGAAGUGAACAUAAAUAGUGGGGAUGUUCUCAAAGAGAUCAGCCUGAACACUGCAGGAAGCAUGAAUUCCGAAGAUACGAUGGCCCUGGCAUCUGCUGAUGAAGAACCGAGGACCUCCAUUGAUUUGGGGGAAGCAGAAAAACGCCCUGAUUUCUUUCAGACACUGAAAGAGUCAUUUUUGAAGGCUUUCAAAGUCAUGGAUAGGGAACUGAGAACACAAGCAAGUAUAGAUUGCUUCUGUAGCGGGACUACAGCUGUAACUCUCGUUAAGCAGGGUCGGGAUAUUGUCAUUGGAAAUGUUGGGGACUCAAGAGCAGUACUCGGUACGAGAGACAAUGACAAUUCCCUAGUUCCAGUUCAGUUGACUGUGGAUCUCAAACCAAAUCUCCCAGCGGAAGCUGAGAGGAUUCGUAAGUGUAGAGGGCGUGUAUUCGCUCUUCAUGAUGAACCUGAAGUUGCUCGAGUUUGGCUGCCAAACAACGAUUCACCUGGCCUUGCCAUGGCUCGUGCUUUUGGUGAUUUUUGCCUCAAGGAUUUCGGUCUAAUCUCUGUGCCUGAAAUAUCCUAUAGGAGAACCACUGAAAAAGAUGAGUUCAUAGUCUUGGCUACAGAUGGGAUAUGGGAUGUCCUCACAAACAAAGAAGUUGUAGACAUAAUAGCUUCAGCUCCAUCUCGUUCUACAGCAGCUCGAGCAUUAGUUGAGACAGCAGUUCGAGCGUGGAGACACAAGUAUCCCACAUCAAAAGUAGAUGACUGCGCUGUCGUUUGCCUCUUCCUUGACUCAGACAUGGACAAUUUGUCCGUUGCUGCAAAUACUAGGCCCAAGGAACAACUCACUACUGCAUACGAGGUUAACUCUGCAACAGAGAAAGAAGAAGAUUUCUCGUGUCCUACUGGUUUGGACCGGUCAGGUACUGUCCGAACAUGUGAAGAGAUUCAUCCAGAAGAUGGCUCAGAUGUUAUGAAUUCAGAGCCAGGUAAGGAUUGGUCUGCUUUGGAAGGAGUUUCUCGUGUUAAUACAUUAUUGACACUGCCAAGGUUUGUUCCUGGUGAAAAUGAAACCGAACCCCACAAAUAAUAAUACUAGGGAAGAAGAAGCCAGUCAGUUUUACCUUCUUUCCUGGAUUAUUUUUUUUUUCCUUCAAAUUUUUGUUUCAUUUUUCCAUUUCAAAUUUUAUUAUUUUCUAUAGAUGGGAAUUCAGAGAUAUUUGUAGGGCCCUCAAUAUUAGAACUUGGACAGGAGAAGUUGGCCCGGCUAUAUUAGCAAUGUCUGGGGAAAGUGUCCUCUCUCUUGUGUGGAUAGGAUUAGAAUUUUUGUAAAACCAACUCUCCUCUUCUUU